CUUAUUUGGAGCCCCUUCGUUUCGUCGGCUCCACCUCCGGCUCUUUUUACGCUGCCGGCCGACGCCGACGCCGAAAGCCACCGUGCCGGCCGGAAGCGCAAAGACCUACCCCGCUCGUUGUCCAGCUCAGGCCCGAGCCCUCGCUGCCGCCGUCGUCACAACCAACGGAGCCCAAAUCCAUGGAUGCUUCCUCUUCCUCCCCUAACCCUUAUCGUCGACGUCGCCCGCGCGUCUGAGGCCAAGUCCACGGGCCGAGGUACCGCGUACCCAUCCCUGCUCCCCACCAAUCUUCUCCUCCGCCAUGGAGAUCCGCCUGGGCUGAUGCCUGAUUCUACAUCUGACGCUCCGCGGGAAGCCCUUGCCCCACUGGUGGUCGGGGGAUUGUUCUGCUUUGGUUGAGGUAUUGGGCCUUGUGGAGGAAGAUUGGGGCGAAUUCCGUUGGUGUUCUUGUGGCCCUGGAGGACCUCUGACGCAUCAGUAGCGAGCCAUGGCUCCCUCUCCAGCGAUGGACGUUGAGGAGGAGGGCGCCGGCGGUGACGCCAGGAAGGUGGUGGUGAUAUCCGAGGCUGCCUGCACGAAAGCUGCCCCUCCGGUGGUCCAUCCUGAACCUGUGGAAGACGUGGGAGGUGGUACCACCGAAUGCUCGAGCUCGUUUGGCGACACCUGUUCUGGAUUUCAAGAUGUGGCAGGCGAUGGUGAACCAGAAGUGAAUUCUGUCAUGUCUGCUCGUGCCAAUGGUGGCAGGCCCUGGAAGCCGCCUAGGAAAAAGGUGACGGCUGAGUGGAGGAAUUCUAUUCGUCCAAUUCUGUGGAGAUGCCAGUGGUUAGAGUUGCGUAUGAAGGAGCUCUCAUCUCAAGUAUCAAAGUAUGACAGGGAGCUUGCCCUAAACAAGAAACAAGAACAAUUACAAGCAGCAAGCAAAGCAAAUGGUUCUAUGUCAGAAUCUAUGCUGAUUCACAAAGCUCAUGGAAACAGUAUCAUGAAGAGGAGAAAGCGGAAGAGGCAUGAAGAAAAUUUGGAUAUUCCUUUAUACAUCAAGAAGCACCAAAUAUUGUCAUACUACCAUGGUCUGACAUCCAAUAAACAAAAUAAGGGAGCUGAAGCUGAUGGUCUCUUAAUUGAUGACGAUUGUGGUAGUACAGUUCCUAUCCGAGGCGGACUUGACAGUGUUACAUUGCUUGAUUCCGAGAAUUAUGAUGUGAUUUUUGAGCAACUCUCUUUAAAGAAUAUUCUCUUGACGAUUGAUGCGGUUCAAUCUCGAGUUCAUCUGCUUCAAGGUCGUCUCAGCAAGGCUCAUUAUGAAGGAAGAAAUUUGGCAUUUUCUGAGGGCAAUACUCAUGUCAGGGUGCCUCAGAAGAGACAACAUACUCAAAAGCGCUCAUCUUAUACAGAGUGUAGAUAUACUAAACCACAGAAAAAGAAGAAUCUAAAUGUUUUGCUCAAGGAUGAUAAUGGACCAGCUCUUUCAGGGAGGCCUCCUUUGCCUGACAGAGAAACUGAUACUCAUAUAAAAGAUACAAAUAGGAUUGCUGAAGAAAGAAGUGGAGAGUGCAAACACUCGAGGGAGAAAGCCAUAACAGUGGACCUUCUCCUGGGUUUCAUUGUUUGAAUUUGGGUUGAUGCCCGUAGAGUUGCUACUUAAGCAUUGGAAUUUAAAUCCUCAUAUUAUGCACAACUGCACAAUAGGCUUUGACUUAUAAAGUCCCCUUACUAUUUCUAGUGAAAAUAGUCUGACAUUAUACUGCAUCUGAAAAAAUAGUGUAGGGAUGACCCCUUACUUGCCUACGUUUAAAUUUAAAAGCGUAAUACCCAUGUAAACAUAUGCCGUUUUUUUAUUGUUAUUUUUUUUAAAAAAGUAUAAAGAGAUUCUGUUUCCCCACAAGAACCUGGAAUUUGUAGUCAUAUGAUUAUAUCUUGGAUAGGAGGUAUGGGGCUUAGAAUUUAUUAGGAUGUUUGAUUGCUUGUAAAUCGGAUCAAUCCAGAAUUCAAUAUCUAGGGUGUGAGCAUUGGUAGAAGAUCCCUGGUGAAAUUUGCAGGUUAUAAAAUUGAAGCCACGAGGAGGGUAACGUGACAAAGCAAUUCAUUUUUAACUUUGUUGUGCAAGCAAACAAAUAUUAGUAGUUUAGUAAGUUGUGUUUCUAUAUAUGACAGUUUUGGAAGCUUAGUGAUAGUUGUGGAUCUUUGGUUAUGCCAUAUUGACUAUUUCACUGAUUUUGAACCAUUUCCCAGAAAAUGGUUAACGUAUUAGCUUCUUGGGCAAUACAUUUGCACUGGCAUUUACUUGUCUCUUUUAUUUUUGCAGAACACUGACGAUAUCCUCAUAGACAAUCAAGCAACCAGUGAUGUCUGUCAGCAGUUUAACAAGGCCAAGCAUCUGCCUUCUGGAACUUCUUCCAAAGAACAGAACAUUUCUGCUCCAGUGGAAGUGAAGAACACUUGUGCUCCAGUAAAAGUUUAUAGCACUUGUGUUCCAGUGGAAGGUGAUACCACUUGUGCUCCAGUGGAAGUAGAUAUGACUUGUGCUCUAGCAGCAGGGCAAGAAUCAUCUGUUGAGAAGUCAGCCUCAAAGGAGCCUCUCUCUUCUGGGAGCAAACAGGAGCUGAACUCUAAGAAAAAAAGGAGGAAGAAAGGCUCUUUGUUUACCAGGAAGAAGCAGAGGAACGAGCCGUCCAAAACACCUACUGCAAAGGAGAAAACUGAGGGCACGCCAUCAGCUGCAAAUACCCAAACUGAGAGCACGUCUUCUGCUGUAGCAAAGCAGAAAACCAAGGGCACAUGCUCUGCUGCAACAGGACCGCAAACCAUGACACCUCGCUCUGCUGGAAAGAAGCGCAAAUCUGUAAAUGAACCUUCAGUGAACUCAUUCUCAGCAUUGACGGAACAGAAAACUGGGAAGCCAUCCUCAGCAAUGAAGAGGAAAGAGGCAUCCAAAACACCUGCUGCAAAGGAGAAAACCGAGGGCACGCCGUCAGCUACAAAUACCCAAACAGAGAGCACGCCCUCUGCUGUAGCAAAGCAGAAAACAAAGGGCACACGCUCAGCUGCAACAGGGCUGGAAACCAUGACAGCUCGCUCUGCUGGAAAGAAGCGCAAAUCUGUAAAUGAACCUGCAGAGGCAAAGGAGCAUGGAUCUGGGAACUCAUUCUCAGCAUCGAUGGAGCAUAAAACUUGGAAGCCAUCCUCAGCAGUGAAGAAGCAGAAAACUGAAAAGUUGUCCACUGCUGCAAAGAAGCAUGGAUCUGGGAACUCAUCCUCAGAAUCGAUGGAGCAGACGAUUGGGAUGCUUUUCUCAGCAGUGAAGAGGCAGAAAACAGAAACCUCGUCCACAGCUGCAAAGAAGCAUGGAUCUGGGAACAAGUCCUCAGCAUCCAUGGAGCAGAAAACUGGGAAGCCAUCCUCAGCAGCGAAGAAGCAGAAAACUGAAACCUCAUCCACAGCUGCAAAGGAGCAUGGACCUAGGAACUCAACCUCAGCAUUGAAGGAGCAGAAAGCUGGGAAGGGAUCCUCAGCAGUGAAGAAGCUGGAAACUGAACACUCGUCUGCAGCUGCAAAUAAGCAGGAGGCUGAAAGUGCGUCCUCAGUGAAAAAGAAGCAGGCGACUGAAAGCUCAUCCUCCAAAGCGAAGAAGGCAGAGACUGCUGCGAGUGCCCCCUUGAAGCUGCAGGUUGAGAAGGCUAUGGUGGUGGCUGUAGACAGGAGAAGCCAAAGGGUCCGUAAGCCCAAAGUUUUUGCUGAAUGAAGAAGUAGAGAGACUUCCUAGGGUCCCUGAUGCAUGUGUAUGUAUCGCGUGCGCUCGCCCCAAAAUUCGGGUGGCAAUAUUUUGUUCCUAUAUAUAGGAAAUGCUGGAUCUCGCAGCCUAAGUGUACAUAUUAAGGGUGAAACCGUGAAAGCAAGUCACCCAAAUAGUAGGUAGGUCAGUAGAUCAGUAUGUUGGUUGGUUCUUUUUAACCCUCUCUCUUAGUCUCUUGGUUCUGGGGUAGCAGACUAAUAGUAUCAUGCUGUGUAGCCUCUAUAUAAAAAAGAAAAAGAACUGAGAAUUAUUGCAACUUGGUUUGCUGCA